AUGCAAUUUAUUACCGCGUUACUGGACAGUCAUCUUGCCAUCACUGCUUACGAGCUGUGUCUUCGAAAGCCCAGCAGAGAUGAGAAGCCUGGAGUGAGUACGGCAUUGGCAUGGGGCUCUAUUCUGUUGGCAGCGUCGGCGAUAUGGACUGUCGUCGGUGUCAUUGUAUUCCUCGCAAAACCAGUGUAUCGAGACUGGCUCGUUCCUAUCAGCUUGAUAUUCGACUUCAACCACAUUCUCGCUCUUCUGUGGCAGUUUCUUCUUGUGGUCACUCUUUGUAUAUGCUCUGCCCAUUGUGUAAGUGGAUUCUUCCAGAGCUAUCCGUUACUGAUCGAUCAGAUUAUCUACCUAGGUGCUCUUGAGGUGACUCUGACUCUAACAACAAUAUACGUCAUGACCCCCUCGAUCUCAUUCUUGUGGUCCCACCGCCGUCCUUUCCCUCCAGUCUCCCGUACAGCAUCGAUCUGGUCCUUCCCCCUCGUUUUCGUGGGUAAUGUGUGCUAUCAGUCCAUACGCCACUCAUCCGCGUUUUUACGAUCCUUGAACGCUACCACAUGUAUCAUAACAUUAUUCGCUUUUUUCAUCAUAUUGUAUCCGGUCAUCUCACGCCCAAAUACUGCAUACUACCACCCGAUCGACAUGCUCAUAUUCAGAGCAAAAUCUCAACACGAACACUACGUGUCUUAUGCCACUCAGAGCUACAAUCUCGAGGAAGCAGUAGCUCAAUAUAGAAGACGUUAUCGUAUGACGCCUCCGCCUGGCUUCAGCGCUUGGUAUGGGUACGCUAUGACACGCAAUUCAGUCAUUAUGGAUCAAUACGACCAAAUAUACAACGACAUGCUUCCCUUCUGGUCGAUAACGCCGGAACAACUUCGACAGUCAACGCAGGCCUUAAUACUGACUCCCGAAAAUGAUGUUGGAGGCAUCAAAAUUCGUGCAGGUAGUGCCUCUGUGUUUGACAAUGUCCCCGGGACCCAUCGUUGGAUGUUGGACGGCGUGGCUGCGAUGAUCAACAAGUUUGCUAUUCACCUACCUGACAUGGACCUUGCCUUUAAUCUCAACGAUGAAGCUCGGGUGGCUGUCCCACAUGACGAAAUUGGGCAUCUUAGGGACUUGGCACGUGCCGUGGAAGACCGUUCUGGGAAGCAGCCAUGGUCGGCGGAUCGAGCUGAUGACUGGGAGUCUAUUGAAGAGGGACACGGCCAAGUGGUGCUUCAAGAUAUGGCAUUUCAAAACACAUUCCUAGACUUCGGGUCCAUUAGCUGCCCUUCAUCAUCACCUGCACGCCGUCUCCGAGACCUGUAUUCACACUCCCACCUCUGUGUGUCUUGCAUGUCACCUCACUCCAUGGGCCAGUUUCUCUCCAAUUGGACAUUGUCUGCUGAUAUUUGCCAUCAGCCGGACAUGGCAUAUCUUCACGGCUUCUACCUCUCACCUGCAGCAUUUCAAGACUCACACGCAUUGGUUCCGAUUUUCUCGCAAUCAAAACCUCAUGGAUUCAAUGACAUCCUCUACCCUUCAGCUUGGAAUUACAUGGAUAAAGUAGUCUACGCUCCCACAGACCCAACUGGCGAUCCGGAAAUCGAGAGCUACAACCCGGGCCAUCCAGACCCUCCUUUCGAGGCUAAGCAGAACACCCUGUUCUGGCGUGGAUCAACAUCUGAAGGUGUCUCUUCUGGUGAUCAUACAUGGCGGGGUAUGACUCGCCAGCGCUUGGUCCACAUGGCCAACAACCUGACUUCGUCUGCCCAUGACACUGCCACACUUUUGCUCAAGGAUGAGUCGCUACCAGAGAAUCGAUACAAAUACAUCACCAUCCCUGGUAACUCUAUUCAAUCCCUCAAUCUUUCAACCGACAUCGCCAUCGUCGACAAAAUCGCCCGCUGUGGCGGCAUCGGCCUCCACGACUGCACUGAUCAAGAAGCCGAGUUCGCCCUCGUCCAUCCCACAGACUUUCAAUCCCACUGGCAAUACCGCUAUCUCUUCGAUCUAGACGGAGCAGGGUUCUCAGGUCGUUUUCUCGCCUUCCUUCAGUCGCACAGCCUGCCCUUCAAGACUGCCUUGUUCCGUGAGUGGUACGAUGACCGCCUGACGGCUUGGCACCAUUUUGUGCCACAGGAUAUGCGUCUCCAUGCGGUGUGGAGUACAUUGGCAUAUUUCGCAGGCGUCAACGGAACACUGCCGAAUGGGAAGAAGGCGGAGAUGAAGCCGCAUUUGAAGGAAGGGGAGAGGAUAGCCGAGCAAGGGAGGGAAUGGGCAGGAAAAGUGCUGAGGAAAGAAGAUAUGGAGGUGUAUUUCUUCAGGGUAUUGUUAGAGUGGGGGAGAUUAACGGAUGAUAAUCGAGAGAAUAUGGGGUUUGUACCUGGUGGAGGUCUUUGA